AUGAACUCCCUUACGCUCAUACUGGGACCCAUGUUCGCUGGCAAGUCCACAGAGCUCGUCGGCAUCCAUGCCCGGCUUGUAGCUGCCCAUAAGCGCGUCUUAGUUGUUAAGCACACCUUUGACACUCGCUAUGAUGACAACUCCUUGACUACUCACGACAACACGAGGAUAGCUGCGAAGAGAGCGGUACUUCUUGGCGAACUUGCAACAGAGUUUGGCGACUACGAUGCCCUUAUAGUAGAUGAAGGCCAAUUUUUUGCUGAUAUCGUCUCAGGUGUUCAGGAUGCACUCUCGAAGGGGCUUUAUGUGUACGUUUCGGCCCUUUCGGGGAACUUUAAGCGCGAGCCCUUUGAGCUGAUACCGCGGUUAUUCCCCCUAGCAUCUGCUAUUUAUCUCCGAUCGGCCAUAUGUGCAAUAUGCCAUGCCCCUGCGCCGUUCUCUGCACGAUUCUCUGCUCAGACAGAAGAGAUUGUUAUCGGUGGGGCCGAACUGUAUGCUCCUACCUGUCGCACCUGCUGGAAAAGUAUAGCACAUCAGCGGUCGAUCAAGAAGGCCAGGCAACUAACUGACAGCGAAAUCAAAAGCUUCGUAAGUGAUGCAGCAGCAAUUCUGGAGAGAUCAGCUCUUACAGGGAGCAAAUUGCUUCUUGUUCCAGCAGUUACAAGCCCUCUUGAUGCAGAGCUGCAAUGUGUCUACGCGUCCGCCUCAAGUGCAGGCCAGAAUAUCCUGGUGAUAGCCCGGGAGGAAUCUCAGGAACUGAACGAAGCGGCAAGUACCUUUGGAUUUACUCUUAGAUACGUCGAUUCACUCGUUCAGUCAGAGUCGGAGGACGAUUGCACUAUCAAUAACGAGGUUAAGCAUGCCAUGGACCCGCACUCUAUCGUCCUUGUCUACCACGCAGACUCCUACGAUCAUGCUGAUGUGGUUCUCGAUGACUGCGUCUUCCAGGGUAAAGUCGUCAUCGCAGCAACGUCUGCAAAGGCACCCUAUCAGGUUUUAGGCAGCUUCCUAAGCCACGCAGAUAUUGUAUCUUUUGGUUCGCUCACUAGAAACACAGGUGAAGGCCACGAAAAGCUAGGAGCGUCCGGGGUUUCCACUGAAGUGCCACGGUUCUUUAGAACAUGCCUUGCAGGACUUCCACUCGAAAAGCUGGUGCUAGGGAUCAACGAAGACCUGUGA